AUGGCAUGGGAGGAAAAGUCACAAACCAGAACAAACCCACCCCAUUUUGAACCUUCCAGAGAUGAGGAAGAGCAGCUGGAGAAAGCUACAACUGCACCUCAGAGAGAUGAUUCCAAGCAUAUUUCAAUCCUUUGCUCUGCGUGUCAACAGGCAGUACGGCCACACCACCUGCAUGAGCACAAAAAAAGCCACAAAGCCCAAGCUCUGCUGGGCUUGGACAGCCCACAGAGAAAGGCUGACAAGGAGACACUUUUAGCUCAGAGACAGAAACUCAUUUCAAACUUGAUGAAGACUCUUAAAUAUUCUGAGAGAGACAGACAGAAGAUUGAUUAUUCAUUUGAAUUCCUCAUGGAUAAUCACACUCCUCCACAUCGUAAUCGGGCCAGGAUUAGCAAUCCUCCUACUUAUAAGAAAGUAAGUAAUUCUUUGAUAAAAGCAUUAUCAGUUUGCCAAGAUAAGAACUCCCCGUGGCAGGGAGACAUGGAAGACAGAUUUAUUGUGCUUGACAACUAUGGCAAUAGAGCAGAAACAAGUUUCCUGGGGUUGGUUGAUGGCUUUCGUGGUGCAACAGCUGCAGAAAGAGUUGCAACGGAGCUUCCGCUUUUAUUCCUCGACCAGCUUGCUCAAACAGAUUGCUCCUACAGAAAGAGUAAGGGUGAACAGCAGAUUCUGGAUUCUUUUGUCACAGUAAUCAAGGCAGACUACAGGGAGAAAGAGAAGAUUUUCUCUGCUAAAUCGAGCGCUGACAAGAGCAACACUUACGAAUGGAUCCACAAAGCCUACGCCAAGUCCUUCUGGAGAAUGGACAGGCUUCUGCGCCUGGGCAGGAGCGAGGCUUCCAGGGUUCGCUGGAGUGGCUGCUCAGCUGUCACCUGUUUGGUGGAAAGAAUGCCCAGCAAAGAGAGCAGUGGCUCCGAGGGAGAAGAAACCAAACAGUCUGAAAACACACACAGUCCGUUGUCCAAUUCAGCCAAAGGCGCUGCUGGGUUACUGCACAUUGCCAACCUAGGUAAUGCACAUGCAGUUCUGUGUAAAAAUGGAAAGGGUCACUGCCUCUCAGAAGAGCACAGCACUGCUAAUGUCAGGGAGAGGAACCGUGUCCUUCAGAAUGGUGGCAGCAUCAGCACUAAUGAACCAGAUGGAUUAGUAGAGGGGUACCUGAGAACUACCAGGGGUCUGGGACAUCAUGGAGAUCUCAUCCUGAAAAGAUCUGUUAUACCUGUACCUCAUACUGUAUCUGUCCCCAUUGAUGACACUUGUCAGUUUCUCCUUUUGGCUUCUAACGGGCUUUGGGAGGUUUUGGAUUACAAUGAAGUGCUUGCACUGACUCUAACCACAUUCACUCAUUACUGGAGAAUGUAUGAACACAUUCAACAAAACAGGAUGGCACCACACAAGUGUCAACACCCCAUGCUCCUCACUGAAGACAACUCCAAUGACUCAGAGGCUAUUACUGACCUGCAGGAUGGAGCAGAGAUUCUGUAUUCCCACAGAGACGUUUUGCUCAAUGACUCAAAAGGCAACCUGAAGCCAAAGCACUCUAGGAAGAACUUUUUGCAAAGUGGAGCUCCUAAGGGAACCGAGGACCACAAAAAUCAAGCUGAUCCUGCACUGUCCCUUUUCAGUAACCACCCAGUAAAUUCACAGAAUGGAGAGAUGGAACAGUCACAUUCCAAAAGUGGCUCUGAAGAACUGCAACAGUUUGAGGACAGAAAUGUUCAUCAAUCUAAGAGCUUUGUGCCACAGUCACAGACUACAAAGCAAGCAGCAGCAGACACUGACACUUUCUGUGUGACCAGUCACAGACACAAACAGCUGCCAGAGAACGUACUGGCAACAGGAUUUGAAGACAUGAAGCAACUCCCAACACUGACAAAAGCUUCCUCAUGUAAUUAUGACUCAGGUCCACAGCUGGCAGAAAAAAUGGACUCCAGAAUAUUUUGUGAUGAAUCUGCAACUUAUGCUAGCCAAGAACUGCUGAAGACUGUAUCAGCAGUGGGCUCUACACCACCCCCACCGGAGGAGGAUGACAUCAAAUCGUCCCCAUCCAACCGGGGGUCCCCAGCUGCGGGAAAAGGCAGGGUCACCCCCCAGACACUCUACGACCAUGCAGCAAGCUACAUCAGCGAGCAACUGGUACAGACUGCAUUAGCUGCAGGUUCCAGAGACAAUAUCACUGUUCUGGUUGUGCUUCUAAAUGGAUGUGAUAAGAUACCCAAUUACCUCAGCAUUUAAAAUUUCAUCAGAGAACAACUGCAGUGCCACAGUACAUACAGUCCAAGCCUAUAUAUAGCUGUGUCCUGUAUUUACUUGUAAUCAUCUUAAACGCUGACCCAUAUAGUGACCCAGACAGCUUGUCUGGAACCGUGCAAGUGCAGGCAAACCUUCUGAAACUCUCAGUAAAAAAACAGCAAUUGAAAAUAAAUAGUUUGU